AAGAUCGGAUAUUCGGGCCUCACUUAUUAAACAUUUGAACAGGUAGCAGCUAGUGACAGUCUGGCCUCGGCCAUUAUCUUAAUUUCACGAUUUCUCUUCUAAGUGAUAAAAUACAUUAUGCCUCAUUGUUUCUACAAAAGCGUGCGACAUCCACGCCGAGUGACGAAUAAUGAUUCUACAUAUGACUCACAAAACAGUAAAUCAUCAUCUGGUAAUGGACAGAAUGGGAGAAAGUCAAAGAACCACCAGAAUACCACAAGGAAAACUGAUGAGGCUCCUGACUGGUCAAAACUGCCAUUUGUGACAAGAUAUCACCUAGGUCAUUUUAGUAACAAAUGUGAUAAAGAUUGCUCUGAUUCACCUCCACUUAGCUUAGACGAAGAUAUUACCUCUGAAGAGGAAACAGGAAAUUAUAAUCAAAAAAAUGGGGGUGACAGAAAUUACAGUUUUCAAAAAGUAAUUUGUAAAACAGAUGCAACCAAAGUGUCUCCAGAUAAUGGCAAUGCUUCCCGAUCUGAGCGCACGAAGUAUGAUCUUCGAAAUGAACUUAAACUGAAAAGGAAGAUGACUUCUUCGCAUGUAAAGAAGUCACAUACAAGAAACUUAUUUAUCACAAAAAAAUUGCACACAGAUAGGCGACUAAAACCUGUUGAUCAAAAAUAUAAUCUAAAAGCUGAGUAUUGGUCUGUCAUUAAGCAGAACAUAGCUAACCAGAAAUGUAAAACUGAAGAAAUAUCAAAUACUGAGCAGGUAUCACUGAAAAAGCAGGAUGGAAAUACUGUACGGAUGCCUGCUGGAGGAACUCUCAAAUUUUUGCAACCAACUUAUGUUGUUGGCACAUCAUCAGCUGUACAGAGUAAUACUGGGGAUAAAUGUCAGGUAAUUGUAAAUAUGGCACAAAACUUCCAAAGUCAGUUUUUGUCUCCUACUUACAAACUAGCCAUGCAGCCUGAUGUGCACUCAUCACAGAUAACUAAUUUUCGGACAUUACCAGUAACAGUAGCAAAUGCAAUCGAAAAUACUCAGAAGAAUGAGAUCAGUAGAAAUAAACAAAAUUAUGUUCAUGGAAAGUCAUUGCAGACCAACUCCUACUAUGUUUCUGCACCAAGUUUUGAUCGAUCAGUGACUCAGCAAACAAAAUCCAAUCCAGAACCAAUGACAAAACGUAUUCCUCUGCAUGGAUGCCCAUACUGCGAGAAGAAAUUUGACCGACCAUGGGUUUUGAAAGGUCACCUGAGAUUGCACACGGGGGAACGGCCUUUUCAAUGCCCGAUGUGUGCAAAGAGAUUUGCUGAUAGAUCAAACUUGCGUGCUCAUCAGAGAACUGCAAAUCAUCAUGAAUGGGAAUGGCACUGUGCUGUCUGUAAUAAGGCAUUUUCCCAACGCCGCUAUAUGGAGCGACACCAGGAAGAAGCAUGUCGCAAGUAUAAGCAGAAUCAGAAUCGCAAUCCCUCCAGCACUCAGCUCCUUGCUGUUAGACAGGCUGUGAGCACUGAAGCUCUAUCUCAAUGAAGAGACACGUUUAGAGUAUGAAAAUUUGAGGGCAGGUAUUUUCCCAUGUAAGUGAUGGCUUAGAAGCGAAGGUCCUUAUCAACACAGAAGAAAAAAAUCAUAAUGUGUGUGGAAAAUGUGCUUGGUGACUUUAUACAAAAGAUUCCAACUAUAGAAGAUAACAAUGGUUAAGUGAAUCACACAGAUUCUCUAUUACCUAAAAAGUGAUUCUUGUUGUCCGUUAAUGAUGCAACUGGAGGUCGCUAGGGAGAUGUUAUUAUUAGAGUUCGUUGGCAUUUAUUACUCAGCAUGCUUAUUAGAAUAUUAUCUGCAUGAAUGAAUUUCCUCUUUGAAUGGUUUUGUAGCACUGGUAUUCAACCAUUUAAGCAUAUUAAAACACAUUAACAUGGCUGAAAGUCAUUAGUUCUGUAAAUUAUAAUGAGUACUUCCAGAAAGAAACAAACCUAUAAUACUGUUAUUACCUAGUGUCAGAUAGGUUACACAAAAUUAUUUUAUAAGAUGAUGUAACUCCCAACUGCGCAGCAUCAUGAGAGAGAGAGAGAGAGAGAGAGAGAGAGAGAGAGAGAGAGAGAGAGAGAGCAGCGAUUUGUGGUUGCUGUAUGUACUUUCUUUGUUCAAAUUCGAUAGCUGAACUGCAGUAGUCACCAAUGCACUCAUUAUAGGCUUGUCUGUAGAUCAGGGUAUCCUAAUACCACUGUUAACAUUCCAUUUAGGAUUUUCCAUUACUGUACUUAUAGGAUUAUGACAAUUGGAUUCUCUUCACCUUCAGUGAAAUGAGAUAUGUGAUGUGUUUAAUUGAUUGUUUGCUAUUUAAAAUGCAAAAAAUCUGAACAGGAUUGGCCUUUAAACCCAGGAACUUAUAUUUCACAAGAGCCACUUGAGCCUCCUUCAGUUUGUUACUAAUGAAUAUUCCCAGCCAUAAAUUAGAUACUAUAGGUCACGUUAGGAACGAGUCCUUUCAGGUAAAGAAAUACAUGUAGAAAGAGAAACAGUAGUGGCAAAAUAAUUGUAUACUACACUAACUGUAUAUUACUCAAAAGCUAUAUCUCAUUUAUACUUAUGCAUGCUAAAAUGAAUGCAGUAAAAUUAACAUUAAAACUGUUACUUAAAAAAA